AUGGCAGACUCAGUCAAAAGCCCAUUUCGGCAAUAUCUGCCCGACUUGAGCAUUCCUCGCUUCACUAGCAUGGCAACAAAAGACGCCCAUGUCUAUGCCGAUGAUUUCAAAAAAGGUGGUCAGCCUCCAUGGCUUCAUGCCCUCUACCUUCAUUGGCGGGACCUGCUGAAAGCACCAUUCAAGGGUGUCACUACCGAUGGCAAGGUCCGCCCAGAUCUCUAUCAACUACAGGAUGAGGGCAUUCCAAUCGAAGACAUCGUCAAAGUUGCCAAAACCGCCUUGUCUGGCCUGACCCCCGAGCAGCAGUCAACCCUAUCAUACCAUAUCGACUCUCCAGAAUGGCGGACAUGGUCGAACCCGGAAUUUCUUCUAAGCCAUAAAGGAGUACGUCUCGACGAACUGACCUCCGAGGCCCGUGACUCCAUUCUGAAAAUCCUCUCUGUCACCCUUUCGCCAGAGGGUUACCAGAAAGCCAUUGCGGCCAUGCGCAUCAACGGAUUUCUCGGAGACCUCGUCAAAUCCCCAGCCGUCAUGAACGAAUAUUCCUACAACUUUGUUUUAUUCGGGGAGCCUUCGACCACAGAACCUUGGGGCUUCUCCUUCUAUGGCCACCACCUUUGCCUGAACAUCUUCCUCUACAAAACCCAAAUCAUCAUUUCCCCUUGGUUCACUGGGGCCGAACCCAAUAUCAUUGAUAGUGGCCCAUACACUGGAACCAGAAUACUCCAUGUGGAAGAGAAAGCUGGUCUGGACCUGAUGCAGUCACUUUCGCCAGAGCAGCAAUCCGCUGCCCAGGUGUACAAACUAAUGAAAGAUCCGGCUAUGCCUAAAGGCCGAUGGAACCACGACGACCAACGCCACCUCUGUGGUGCCUAUCGUGAUAACCGUGUCGUGCCCUACGAAGGUAUCCUAGUUACCUCGAUGAGCUCGGAGCAGCAGUCUCUCAUCCUCGCCAUCCUCAACCAAUACCUACUGUACCUCCCUGAAACCGCACGACGCAUCCGCAUCAACCACAUCUCUUCAUUCUUCUCCGAGACAUACUUCUGUUGGAUUGGCGGGUUCAGUGACACCGAUCCAUUCUAUUACCGGAUCCAAAGUCCUGUUGUCAUUGUCGAGUUUGACCAUCACUCUGGGGUGUUUUUGAACAACUCAGAGCCCGCCAAGUUCCACAUUCAUACAUUGCUCCGCACACCGAAUGGGGGUGAUUAUGGCAUGGCUUUGCGCUCAUUAAUUCCGAUCAAGGAGGACACGUUUCUCUGGGAGGGCUAGACCAGGAAAGUGCCAGUGUACAUGAAGGUAGCAAGCUGCAAGCUUCUAGGUAAAAAUG